GGAAGAGAGUCUGCGGCUCUGUCUAAUCGAGUGGCGAAGGGGUGGGCUUCAUAUGAAGCUUCUUUCUGUGGUGGUGGUCGUCGUGACCACGAGCUUUUGAUAUACCCCACCCCAAUCCACAACACCUCCACAAGCAGCUGCUGCUGCAAAACGAGAAGAAGAAGAAAUCAAAACCGUUCAUGGAUCGUUUCCCUUCCAUCUCUUCUCUCAUCCAACUCCGCAAGGGUUUGGGGUAAUACCGUGGUGGAAGUUUCCUUCGCUGUGUAGAAAAGCUUUUGUAUGUACGUGGUGUCAUUCAUUUGUAUUUUGAAUAAAGAUGAGCUUGUCUGCUAAAGGUUUUUCGACCAACAAAGAUACUAAGUUAAAUACAUCAAAUAAGAGCACAACAUUAAAUCCUAAUGCGGCGGAAUUCGUUCCUUCUGCUCUUCGAUCGCCAUCUGGUGGGACUGCCAACAAUACGGACGUGAUGAGGCUUGAUGCUUCUGGAGCUUCUAAGAAAGCAGUAUUUGAUCGGACAGAAUCCUCCAUUUCAAACAACUCUGAUGAUGAGGUUCAUCAGUACUGGCGCCGCCAACUUCCCGAUGAUAUUACACCUGACUUCAAGGUCGGGGGAGAAGAUGAGCUGCAAGGACCUGGGAAUAUCUCACUCGCUGGUUUGUCCAUACAUGACGGAAUUGAGAGUUCAAGGUUCUCUCCAUUGGCAGGCAGUAGCCAUUUUUUAAGCAAGCAGCAGGAAAUAAUGAUUCCUACAUAUGGGGAAGAUCAGUCGGCUGCUUUCAUGAAUUUGCCAAUAAGUACAUGGGACAAGCAGUUUGUGAACGACGAUCAGCAUUUUACCAAUGGAAGCGAGGGGCAUCCUUACAAUGGGGAUUCUAGUGCUGGUUUCCUAAGUGAUCUGUUAAGUGAACAUGCUAUUUUGGAUGAUACGGAAAUCAACCCAGUGGAGCUUUUGGCGUUGCAAUUUCCGGGUUUUGCUGCAGAAAGCCUUGCAGAUGUGUACUAUGCAAAUGGAUGUGAUUUGAACUCAACUAUUGAGAUGAUGACACAGCUUGAGCUUCAAAAUGAUACUGGUUUUAAUCAGAACCUGAGCCCGAAGACGCUGCCAACUCCAAACCUGAGUGCACUAGACUUCCCUGCACUUCCGGUUCCGGAUGCUCAAAAUGGUCUGUCAAAAUACGCUGGGGAUGAUCUCCAACAAAAUGUGAAUCCAUAUCGAUCCAUUGACAAGGAUAGUCUUCUUCUUUUUAAGUCACCUUCUUCUGGUACAUCUAGAAGUGCUACAGAUUUUGCUUCAGCUGUCCGAAAAAUUGCAUCUCAGGAUUCCAGUCAAUGGAAAUACGAAAGAAAUGGUUUGGCGGAUGUUGGUGUCGGCAGCAGUAGAAGUUCACAACUUCUAGCUAGCUCGUACAACGGUCAUGGGAGAUCUGUUUAUGGAGAUAAAUUGCAAAGUUAUGGUGCAUCUCGGGCAUCACCAGCUUGGCUUGACACUGGAGAUGCAGUGGCAAGUAUGUAUUCAGAGUCAAGGGAGGAAGCUCGUGAUCAUGCAAGACUUCGGAAUGCAUACUUUGAACAGGCAAGACAAGCAUAUCUUAUUGGAAACAAGGCUCUAGCAAAGGAACUAAGUGUAAAGGGGCAUUUGCACAACAUGCAGAUGAAGGCUGCUCAUGGGAAAGCUAGCGAAUCCAUUUACCGACAGAGGAACCCAAUAUCUCCUGAGCUCCAGAGUUAUGGAAGGGGACGGGAUCGAUUGAUCGACUUGCAUGGGUUGCACGUGAGCGAGGCCAUAUCCAAGCUUAAGCACGAUCUAAGUGUCCUGAGGAGCAUGGCAAGGUCCAUGGGGCAGCGCCUGCAGGUCUUCAUAUGCGUGGGGACAGGCCACCACACCAAGGGCGCCCGGGCCCAGGCAAGGCUGCCGGUCGCCGUUGAACGCUACCUGCUGGAAGAAGAGAGCCUCGACUACACAGAGACGCAGCCUGGGAUGCUGCGUGUUGUGAUAUAUUGACACUGUAAGGUUUACAUACAGAAAUUCCAUACUGUCCAUUCUUGUGUAAUGUGUAUAUGGGAGGAAGAGAAAAAGAAAAAAGCAAAAAAGAAAGCAGCAAGGCCUGGCCAUGAAAGGGGAAAAGCAAAAGAAAAAAAAAGAAAAAAAAAAGAGGGAUUACAAAAACAUUGUACCAUUAACGUUAAACAGCGGUCGCAGCCGUGUCAGAUUUUGGAAGUUUUCCGGCAGGCUGUGCGUGCCGUUCCUACAUCCUUUUUUUUUUUUUUUGGUUGUCUACCUGAUAGCUAGAAUUUUAUUUUUAUUUUUAACCUUCAUUUCUGUUGA